CAUCCCAAACUUCUUAGAAAGUUCAAAAGGGUGGUUGGUACCCUCUAUAUGUUGUUCACGGUGGUAGUCUGGUAGAUGAGAAUUGAUGAGGUGGCAGAUGACACGAAUUAAGCUAAUCGAAUUCUCAUAUUGAAACUGUUGCAUCAAUUCAAGACCAAAGAAUUUGUUUAAAAAGAGAACCCUCGUAUAAAGGAAGCUUCGUAACGGCUUCCUUUUUUUUUUAAAAAAAAAAUUACCUAUUGAAAAAUGGGAAAGCUUAAACAAAUAGUAUAAAAAUAGCAACAAGUGAAAUCAUUUUCGGGCUUGCGGUUUACGAAGCACAAGCAUUACCUUAAAAAAAAGAAGUCUACAAUAUGAUGCCCUUUACUGUUCUCAUGGACUUCCUUAGCAUUCUAUAUAUCUUAAGUAAGGUUGGAGGCCUUACAGAGUCACAACGAAUUCUUGAAGGUAUAACUGAUUGUGUUUCUGCUAGAAUAACGGAUUUUGAAAAACAAGGCAAGAAGAGAAAGAGGGAGGGUGAAAUCCCUUCCUGGAUAAACCAGGGUCGAGAGCUCGUGCAGCAAGCGAGAAGGGUUUUAGGACAGGGGAGUGAAGCAGGUUCGGAGAAGAAAAGAAAAGUGGAAGAAGGAAGCAUCUUCUCUUCUCAAACUCGUAGAAAGCUUACAGAUGUUUAUAAAUUCAUAGAGACAUUGUCAGCCUUUGAAAAGCAGGUUGAUGAGAAGGUUUUGAUAAGCACCAUAUCUGAUCAAAGAGGCCCAGAUCGUGGGACUCUUUUGCCGGUGAGAAGCUUAGUUGGCCUAGGGGCUUCCGGUGCUUUGAAGCGGCUUCAGGCUGUUUUACUAAGCGAUACGAUUGGAAGAAUUGCUAUUCUUGGGUUGGAAGGACUAGGUAAGACCUCUUUGAUGAAGCACCUGCAUAACUAUGCCAUCAAAUCUGUUGAUAGGUUUGAUUAUGCUUUCUGGGUUUCUUGUCCUCGUCCAUUCAGCAUCAAGCGUCUACAAGACGCUCUUGCUGCUGCAAUGAAGUGUAAACUCUGCAUUCAUGAUGAUGUAAAUGCUCGAGCUGAAGCGUUGUGUAGUAUUCUUACAGGUUUGGGGACGUUUGUAAUUUUCUUAGACGGUGUACCAGAGGUAAAAUUUUCACUGCAUCAGAUAGGAAUUUCAGUUCCUGUAGAAGAGAGUAAGAGCAAAGUUGUGUUAACUACAAGGUCUACUUCGGUUUCUGGUAUGUUAGAUUGUUCAGAAACAGUGAAGCUCGACUGUCUUUCAGACGAAGAAGCGUGCAAAUUGCUCAUAGACGAAGCCAGAAUUAGCAUGGAUUCCGAUGAUCUUAUAAGCUUUAUUACCAAGUUUGCAAUUAUGUGCGAUGGCGUGCCAGGCAAGAUUAUCGACAUAGGUACUCGUAUGCGCGACAUUGAUGAUAUUUGCGAAUGGAAAAACGCAUUAUUUGAGCUAGAAAUAGAGAGGGCUGAGAUCAGUGGCUAAUAUUUGAGGAAAGGUGUUCUUGCUAUUGCGCUCUUUCGUGUUUCGACUAUUAUUUUUGGUUAAGUCGAGCCUUCUUUGUGGGACGAAUGGCAAGAUUAACGAGGAGUCGAAUCGAGGAUUAGUUAUAAUUUGUAAAUAGCUUAUGGUUUACUAUAGAUUAAGAAAGAGGAGCUUCUAGUUAAAGCUGGCGUCUUCUCAAUUAGGAGCUGAGUGUUACUGGAAGGGAGCAUAUGAAUCAAUUUGACUUGGAAAAAGUAUUAAAAGAAAUUAUUAGUUGAUAGUAAUACCUCAUUAUUAUCCUUAAAUAAUAACAAGUGUAAGAGUUGAUGAAUUAUGAAGUAGGGUAAGUCUAAUUUAUUAGUUACUUUAUGACUUAUAUAGUAAUAUAGCAAGUAUUGUGAAACAGAUAAAAUAAGAAAGUGUAACAAGUAUUAUGAAAUAGAGAAAGGAGGAAGUAUUUAUGAAUGUAUCGUAUUCAUAAAAGUCA